AUGAAAAAAAGAAUAAGUGCCUUAUCCUUUUCUGGACAUCGGCGACCAUCAAUUUCCACAAAAUAUGGACUGUGGUUAGUUUUUGUCGAUGAAUUUCUUGGCAGAGGUAUAGACAUAUGUUACCACACUUAUUGGGUCGGAUUUUCAAGGGUCAGAUGGGGCUGGAGGAGUGAGGAAGCUUAUUUUGCCAACUUCACCAAUUGGGAGCAUGGAUAUGAAUCAAGCAGUUAUGGUGACAGCAAGAAUUGUGCCACGUUCAACGUUACAACUAUAAAAUGGAAAGAAACGAGAUGCCAGUUGACCGGAAAGCAAUUUGCUGUGAACAACAACAACGUUAAAAACGACUUCAACCACGAAAUUAUUAGCAAUGUCUACUGUUCGUUCGUUGCAUCGUCAUUCCUCUACCUUCAAACAACCAUCUCAUCUGGAAGUGCUAAACCAUUCAAUCCAUCGAACACAAUUUUCGGCACUCUCAUAUUUGGUAUUUUAAAAAAUUAUUUCUAUAUAUUCAAGAUUGGGGUUGGUAACGUUGGUGGCCAUCGCGUCAGUAGUUGGAAAUGUUUUGGCGUGGAGGAAAAAACGACAUCGCAAAGUCGAUGGUGUUCACUUGGAACCAUCCAACCAAGACUACGUGGAGACGAGUGGACUGCAGAGAGCCAACAUGAGCAACCGAUGCAAGGCACAGCAUGUCAACCGUCAUUUCAGGGGGUCCAAUGAGGUAGAAAGUAAAAUUGGUCUCAACAAUGUGACUAACAAAUUCUACAGCACCAUCAGUGAUGACCUAACCUACAUUGAAAUAUACAAUAAUGUGAGUAACCUGGGUAUCUCAGUUUAUGAUGACGUUAAAGUUUAUGAUGACAUUGGUGACAAUGGUGAGGGUGUCAAUGAGAUUCACACACAAGUUCCGAAGGAGAAGAAGUGUUGUUGAUGACUGCUGGGAUUUAAUUCCUCAAAAAUUGAAAUAUAAAGCUCAGUUGUACUUCUUGGCAAUAUUUGAUUUCGGGCAGUCAGUUGUACGUGAACCUCAUGUUGUUCAGUCAGUUGUGCGUGUACCUCUUUACUAUUGAAAUUCGAAAAUUAAAAAAGCAUACAGAUUAAAAACCUCUCUCAACUGUUAUUAACUCAAGUGUCAUAAAUAGCAACAAAUUGUUAAUACUAAAAAACAAG